CUCCUGACGGGGGUAGAGGCAGAGAGGGGGACUACACACCUCUUCCCCCUCCUCCUUCUCCUUCUCCUCCUCCUCCUCCGCCUCCCCCCUGCUUACCGAGAAACGCAGCGCAGCGCAGUUUCCGAGCGAGAGAGAAAGUCUCCGGACUCUCAACUCCCGUCCUGCGCUGCUCUCGCCUCGCUGGGGUUCGGUGUGCGCUGUCGUCCGCCCGCCGACACGGAGCGCCUCUUCCUCCGCCGGUCCUCCCUCGGUCCCGGGACCGGCCGAGCCAGCCGGCGCGCUGCAGCCAGGGGAAAGGCGGCUCUCACGUGCCGCGCUUGCGGCUGAUGAGCAGUUUCGGGGUUGCAGGAAAACCCCGAUCAGUUCCGAACUUUUUUAAACUGAUACGCACGCCUUAGAUGUUUUCAAAUACUGAGCGUAAUACGUGCGAACUUAUCCACUGUGCCUCAAUACGAGGUCGGAAGUUGUGGAUGAUAUUACUUCUGUCGUACACUAAAAUGUUUGCGGGUGUCCUCGUCAAUAUCGUUGUUUGUAUUUAACGGGCUACGACUGUGACCUGCAGAUACGACACAUCUGUGUUGUACGGUAACUUCGGAAGAAAAGGCAAGCGUCGGCAACGUGUUUAAUUUGUCACAGCGUUCUUACAGCCGGACUGAGACAUGGUAACAACAGCGAUUUGGUGCGAUACGGAUUGUUUGAGAAAUUAAUCACUUGUCAGGCAUGGGAACUACUUAGUAGGAGAAAACAGACUCUCUCAGCUAUGUUCGCUAAAACUGAUAGAAUUAGUUCCAGUUCCAGGACAGAAACACACUUACCGCUCGUUAAAGGUAGAAAAUAAACAAGUGUACAAUGUGGCUGAGGCAAAACUGGGGUUGAAGCGGAAAAGAAACAGACCUUACUUAGAAACACUCAGUUUCCCUAAAGAGGGAUAUCGUGAUUGCGGUCAUUGAGCAGCGAUGGUCGGAAGUCCUUCUAACAACGGCGGCAUGCGGGUGCUGUCUCCGCCGGCGGCCGCGGGCGACAGGAAGCUGGAGUUCGUGGCUCUCACGGCCGUGCACACGGAGAGGAGCGAGCCGUCCACGCCGGAGCGGGGCCCCCUCUCCCACCGCACCGGACUGCUGGGGACCCCUCUGCCGGUGCCCCCCGGGUCAAGGCCGAACGGCUCCUCCAGCAGCAAGCGCUACAGGAAACUGCAGAACUGCCUGUACAACGUGCUGGAGAGACCGAGAGGAUGGGCGUUCAUCUACCACGCCUUCAUUUUCCUGCUGGUGUUCGGCUGUCUGGUCCUCUCCGUCUUCUCCACCAUCCCCGAGCACCAGAAGUUCGCCAACGAGGGGCUCUUCAUCCUGGAAGUUGGUGUGUGUGUGUGUGUGUGUGUGUGUGUGUGUGUGUGUGUGUGUGUGUGUGUGUGUACGUGUGCACUCACUCACUCUGCACUAAUGCUGUUCUGUCCUGUCCUUCCUGCGUGCGACGUGUCAGACUUCAUCGUGUUCGUGGCGUCGGUGGCGGUGAUCGCGGCCGGCACGCAGGGGAAUAUCUUCGCCACCUCGGCGCUGCGCAGCAUGCGCUUCCUGCAGAUCCUGCGCAUGGUGCGAAUGGACCGGCGGGGGGGCACCUGGAAGCUGCUGGGCUCCGUGGUGUACGCGCACAGCAAGGAGCUCAUCACCGCCUGGUACAUCGGCUUCCUGGUGCUCAUCUUCGCCUCCUUCUUAGUCUACCUGGCAGAGAAGGACAGCAACACCGAGUUCUCCACCUACGCCGACUCCCUCUGGUGGGGGACGAUCACGCUCACCACCAUCGGCUACGGCGACAAGACUCCGCGGACGUGGCUGGGCAGGGUGCUGGCAGCUGGCUUCGCCCUGCUGGGAGUGUCGUUCUUCGCUCUGCCAGCGGGCAUCCUGGGCUCCGGCUUCGCCCUGAAGGUGCAGGAGCAGCACCGGCAGAAGCACUUCGAGAAGAGACGCAUGCCAGCUGCCAACCUCAUCCAGGCAGCGUGGCGGCUCUACUCCACCGAUGUCAACCACUCCUACCUCACCGCCACCUGGUACUUCUACGACAGCAUGCUGCCCUCCUUCAGGGAGCUCACGGUGCUGUUCAGCCACCUGCAGAGACAGCGCAGUGCCAAGAAGGUCCUGCCGAUCUCGCACCACACCCUGCUGUCCGGGCUCCGGCCCUACGGCUCCCCCUGCCUGCCGGGGGACAGGAAGGAGGAGACCCAGUGCAGUCAGCUCUUUAAUAAUAAGCGGAGUUUCUUCCGGAUUCACGCCGGCCGCAAGCAGAGUGGGAAGAUGGGCUUCCGGGAUCGGAUCCGGAUGAAUAACUCCCGGAGCCAGGCGCUGCGCAGCAAGGCGUCCCCGGCAGCGCCCACAGGCCCGGCGGUGCCCACGGGGGGCCGGCGCUCCCCCAGCUCCGAGAGCGUGCCCGAGGCCACCAGCCCCGGCAGAGUGCAGAAGAGCUGGAGUUUCAACGAUCGCACGCGCUUCCGCACCUCGCUGAGGCUCAAGCCCCGCCCCUCGGCCGAUGUGGAGGCGCCCGCUGAGGAUGGGGCCGAGGACAAGGCGCCCCACUGCGACGUCACCAUGGAGGAGGUGAUCCCCGCGGUGAAGACGCUCAUCAGGGCCGUGCGGAUCCUCAAGUUCCUGGUGGCGAAGCGGAAGUUCAAGGAGACCCUGCGGCCGUACGAUGUGAAGGACGUGAUCGAGCAGUACUCCGCCGGACACCUGGACAUGCUGGGCAGGAUCAAGAGCCUGCAGACACGGGUGGACCAGAUCGUGGGUCGGGGCGCCAUCCAGCCCGACAGGAAGGUUCGGAGCGAGAAGGGGGAGAAGACCCCCCCCGAGCUGGACCCCCUGGAUGAGCUGAGCAUGAUGGGAAGGGUGGUCAAGGUGGAGAAACAGGUGCAGUCCAUCGAGCACAAGCUGGACCUCCUGCUCAACUUCUACACGCAGUGCCUGAAGAAGGGCUCUGCCCUCUCGCUGGCCACCAUGCCCCUGACCCUGCUGGAGCCCGACCUGACCUCUGACUACCACAGCCCCACCGACCAACAGGAGCUCUUCCCCUCGGCCAACACCCUCAACAUCUCCCGCUCGGAGAGCAGCACGCUGGACUGAGGGGACGCACUGCCCAGACCUGUCCCGCACCCUCGUCCUCUCUCUCCUUCCUCCCCUCUCUCCUCUCUCCUCCUCUCUCUCCCUCCCCCUGCCCCUCUUGCCGCACGGCUGCAGCACUGUGGACACGGCCAGUGGCUGACAGACCCCAGGGAGAGGCGCCGGGGUCCUGCGGGACAGACAGAGACAGAUGCACGCCGACUAUGCAACACUGGAUUCUGUGUCUCACUGGUUCUCCCUGUGCUGGUUACUGGACAGGACCGGCCACUGGGCCACUGUUGGUGUCCACCCAGUCGAGAAUAAUGUUCUAGUGCUUUUUUAAUCAGGAGAUUCAGUUCCCCUUUGGCUCUUUCGAAAUUGCUGCCAAAGGCACCUGUCUUUAAUAGUCUUCCUACCAGGACAAACUUGGGACAUCCUGCCUGUUCUUACUGGGCUUCCUAUGAAUGUCUUCUGUCUUUUUUAUAAGGAAAAGAAAUAUUUAAAAUGCACAAAACAGCCCCAUUUUCCUGAGAGGCCAGACGGACAGCCGGACCCCUCUUCCUCUUCCACCACCGCCAAUGCCAUGUGACCCCUGUCUGACCUCCUCCCGCCACCACAGCUUCCCGCUGCACCCAGGGAAACGACAGCCGCGGAGGAAGGUUUCACAGCAGCACUGUGGGGUGGGGGGCCGUUCUGUGUGUCAGACAUGCUGGUCCGAAGAGUUUUCUUUGUUUGGCUUGGUUUCCAUAGUGUCCUUGCUCCAGCACUGACCCAGAAUAAGCUCUGUUCUGGUGCCCUGUGUCAGUGUUACGGGGGUAGGGUGCAGGACUCUUGAAGCCCUCCCGGAUCUGGUUCUGUCGGCUGAUGGACAGCACUGGUUCUCCCAUCAUCACCGUUUCUAGGCUGCUGGAGGUCAGGGUGGACGUUGUGCCAGUAGCACAGAGCUGCACCAGGUGCUUGCCCUCCUGUGGGCAGCCUGGAGCUCAUGGGGGCUCCAGCCUGGCACAGUGGCCCAGCCUCCACGAUCUGCUGGCACGGCCCAGUUCUGCCCUCGACCGGAGCCCUGCACUUCCCCUCCUCCACGCUCUUGCUCCGGGCUCGUUCCGCUCCCCGCUCACUGCUCAGCUCACGCGCUGCUGUCCCUGAAGUCCCGCCAGCUCCACCCUCCACGCCAGCCCACCUCCCUCGCACCCCGCUCACCCCUCGGGACAGAGCGCCUGAGCUGUUCGAGCAGAAUCUUACUGGUGUUGAUUUCUGUUGAGGCAUGCACGUUCCACGAAAGUGAAACUAAGAAGGAACUGAACCCCACUGAUUGAAAUUUUUCCAUUUUUGUUUCUGGUAAAUGCACACAGUCCCCAGCAGGGGUCAGCCUUCACUUGUGCGCGCAAACUCAAACACAAACACAAACGCACACGGACACGCCCACCGUAGCUCUGUUAUUGAGCGAAACCAGGUAUCUGUUAGCACACACCCACACCUUGGCUGGACUGCACCCUCUUACUGAGCUCCCCCCGCUACUUCAGCUGGUGUCGGCCGGCUGGGUGUGCAGAACCCCCACAGCCCCCUUCCCCCCGAAAGCUCAGGGUCCGACCGGGCGCCUCUGUCCCGCUCCUGCUCUGCUCUCUCGCUGUUCUCCCUGCGCUCCCACGUCUGUGAAGAUGGCCAGAGAGCGGAGACUCCCAGGCGUGCCGGGAAAGAGUCUGAAGCAAUAGAGCCAGGCUAUGCAAUCAAUCUCACACGAUGAAGGGCAUUGUACACAUUAAAAAUAUGACCUUG